UUUCUAGAUGGUCAAGGCUUCCUAACAUUAUUAUUGUUGGCCCACAUACUCCCAAGUCCUGUGUUGACGUUGUCACAAAAGCGACGUUGGAAGCCGUCAAUCGUAGAGUCUCGUGAUAGCGUGGUAAUCCAGAUUGAUAGUUUGACGGAACUACGGACAAUAUUGGCCAAAUGCUUCAAUUCUUGUCGUGAGAAAGGCAUUGAACCGACGCCUUUUGUCGUGAUUCAUGGAAGUAACCUGAAUCGCCCCGAAGGGUUUUCGGUGUGGAACAACGUAGUUUCAUACAAGCUGCCAAAUCUACAAAAAGCACUCGAUGUUUGUUUGAAGCUGUAUAAAACCUACGACAUCGAGUUUCCCCGACAUUCAUCUUCGAUCUGGAAUCUGCUAGCUGCGUUUCUCUACGAUUUUGAUGUUCCAUCGGAUCAAAUCCAUAUCGCUGCCCUUUGCUCUACAAUUCGGAAUAAUUGUUCAGCAAAAUGAUUCACUGCAUGGCACCACGGUGUACUUGGAAGAAUGUUUCGCUUCAAAGGCUACAUGAUCACUUGAGCAAAUACCAUGGAAAUCUAAAAGUAUAUGAAUGCAACGUAGUAGAAUGUACCAGAAAGUUCAACGUUAAAUGUUCAUUCUAUCGUCAUCUCAAAACACAUUUCAGCGAAGCAUCAAAUAUUAAAGCAAACAAUCCUGAAGAUAUACCCUUUUCCAUGUUGAACGAUUCCACUACAGCGUAUGCCGAAAAUUAUCAUCUAGCCACCGACCAAGAACAAAUUUCCCAUACACUAAGUACACCAGAACCCAUGUCAGUGAAUGACCCAACUCAACGACUUGAAGAUCUGCUGUGUACGACCGAGUUGGAUGCUCUUAUUCAGCAAAUGCAACAUGCAUCUAUAGACUUCAACCUCAAAUAUUUAAAUGCAAACACAGUUCCUAGAAAAACUGUCUUUGAUAUUCAAAAGGAUAUCAAAUUGAAAAUUAUUGAUCCAUUUUCUAAAGCGAUUGACGUUAUGCGAUCACUCGGUUUACUAACUGAGGAAGGUAAAAUUGUUUUUAAUAAAAUGCUUUCAUCAGUAAAUGCACUAGACUCAGAGUAUAAGUACCUGGCGAAACUGAAAGAGCUUGACCUAUUCGUCGAUCCUAAGGAAUUUGUCAUUAGUAAUGAACUUCAGCCUGGUAUUGUGCAUAACGAACAGAUGAUGGACAGCAAUCCCGUCACAGGAAUUAUUUUACCACUGGAGUUUACUUUAAGGAAGUACUUAGAAUCGAAAGGAGUUAUGAGUACCGUGAUGAACAAUAUCACUCCUUCUAGCGAUGGCAUUAUUCGAACCAUACUGGAUGGUAGUGUUUGGAAAACAAGGACUAUAGGUUUAGGUUCGAGGCUCGUCAUUCCCCUUAACCUGUUCUUUGAUGAUUUUACUACCACCGAUACCGUGUCACCUCAUGCAGCCCGUACUUCAGUAUGUGGAAUUUACUGCUACAUUCCGUGCAUGCCUGCCAAUGUCUUGACAAAGCUAGAGAACAUACAUGUUGUCAGCUACGUGUUAUCAGAAGACAGAAAAGAGUACGAUAAUGAACAAUUAUUCAGUAAUUUGGUAAACGCUCUUAUUAAGUUGGAAACAAAAGGUCUCGAAAUCACAUACAAUGGAGAAAAAGUAAAUGUUUAUUUCAUGGUAGGAAACAUCACUGGAGAUAAUUUAGGACUAUCAGGGAUUCUUGAUUUAGUAGAAUCUGCACGAGCAAAUUAUUAUUGUAGGCUUUGUAAGCGAAAUCGAGAACAAAGAGAAUAUGAUACAAUUGAAUACGAAGAUAGUUUCCGAACGGUUGACAAUUAUCAAGAGGAUUUACUUAAGGAUGAAGUAUCGCUGACGGGCGUUAAAAGUAACAGUAUUUUUAACCAAAUUCCAUCUUUCCACGUAGUUCAUAACGUCUACUUUGAUAUGAUGCAUGACCUCUGGGAAGGUGUAUGCGUAUACGGAUUAGGACACUAUUUUAACUAUUUUAUAAAAACUAAAAAAUUUUUCUCUCUAGACGAUUUAAACUAUAGAAAAAACUUGUUCGUUUUCGGAAAACUUAACUCAUCUAACAUUCCUGAUGACAUAAAAGAUAUAAAUAUUUCAAAAUGUAAGGUAAAAAUGACUGCAAGUGAAAUUAAAACUUUGGUUACUUUUUUACCACUCAUCAUAGGAAACUUAGUACCAGAAGAUGAUCCAGUGUGGAAUCAUUUUUGCAUAUUGCUCAAAAUAUGCCACAUAUUGAUGCUACGAGAAAUUUCUGUACAGGAUUUGAAUAUCUUGAGAAAACUUGUAAGCACUCACCAUGCACAAUAUAUCACACUUUUCAAUGAUAAAUUGAAGCCAAAACACCACAACCUUGUUCAUUAUGCAACAUUCAUUCUGUGCUCAGGUACACCUCGUCAUCAAUGGACUAUGAGAGGAGAGGCGAAACAUCGAGAAGCCAAGCAAUACAGCCGAGUGAAUAAUAACAAAAUCAAUUUAUGCAAAUCGCUUGGAAUUAAGGCAAGUUUAAAAUUUGCUUUCAACUUGUUUAAUAAUUCGUUUAUUCCCCCGUCAAUUGAUUUAUCGAGUUCAAAAUUAUCUAUAAUGCAUCUUAAAACUGAAUACGUACAGCUUCUAAAUGAUUGUAAAAUUGACAAUAACGCAGUGAAAUACGUCGAUAAGUUUAUUAAACAUGGAUUAGAAUUCGCUAGAAACACUGUUUUCUAUAUACGGCAGAAUGAUUUAGCAAGCAUAUAUGAAUUGGAAGACAUAAUACUGGAUAACGACGAAAAGUUAGUAAUGGUGUGCCAUAACAUUCACUCACGUUGCUUCAAUAACCAUUUUCAAUCAUAUGAAGUUUAUAAAACGAUGAUUAGAACUGUUUUCAUCGAUAUUGAAUAUUUAGAAACAUGUACUAUUGAUUUGCAUAAGGUAGAAGAAAAGUUGUAUCUAAGAUGUUGUAACUUGAUGAACGUAAUAAACAAUGUAUAAAAGCUAUAUUUUUGUUUUCAAGGUGAAGAUAAAUCGGAGUCACACCUUAAAUUUUCAAGAGCACAAAUCUAGAUAAGCA